CAAUAUGGCUCCGUACAACUUUGAGGGAGAUUUUGGUAACCUGAGCGAAAACCAAAUAGAGUUCAUAAACAAAGUGAUAGAAGAACAAGAUUUAAAAGUAAAUAAAGUAGUAUUUAAACCAGUAGGACAAGCUGGAGAUAAUUUCGUUGCCAAUGUAAUGAGGAUCAGCAUAGAAGGAGAAAAUGGAAGCAUGAAGAUGGUGAUAAAAGUUGCACCUGGAGAUGAAAAGAUUCGCACCACUGUUAAAGCCGAUCUUUUAUUUCAUAAUGAGCAUGUCAUGUACACGGAAGUUUUACCAAAGCUUGUGGCACUGCAGAAAGCAACAGGAGUACCAGAAGAAGAACAUCUAAGAUAUGCUAAAUGCUACGGAUCUCUGAACGAAGCACCUUAUGAAAUUAUACUCCUGGAAGACUUAAAUGAAUCUGAUUUUAAAAUGUUGAACAAGUUUGAUUCUCUUUCAGAUGAGUGUGUUAGAAGCAUAUUGAAGAACUUUGCAAUACUGCAUUCUGUGUCUUAUGCAUUGAAAGAAAAACAACCAGAAACAUUUGAAUCCUUCAAGAGUAAACUAAUAGAUGUAUGGAGCGUAAAUUUUUCCACAAAUGAAGCUAGAGAUUAUUUCCAACUACUUGAGAGUUCAGUAUUGGCCAAUCUUGAUGAAGAAGAACAUAAAUCAAAAUUCAAAAGUAAUUUUAUGGAAAUACUAAAAUUGCCAAUCCAGUUAGCAAAGGAUAGAGAUUGUAAAUAUUCCAUAGUGCAACAAGGCGAUGCUUGGACCAAUAAUAUUAUGUUUAAGUUUUCGGAGGACAAAUUAGAGCAGUCGGUAAUGAUUGACUAUCAAGGAUCCAAAAUUAGUAAUCCAGUGGGAGACAUUCUCUACAUGAUCUUCAACUGCACCGACCACGAGACCAGGUCUAUUUACUACUACGACUGGAUAGACUAUUACCACACCGAACUAGACAGAUGUUUAUCCUAUUAUGACCUGAAAAUAAACUACAUCUACCCAAGAGAUCGUCUAGACGCAGAUUUGAGAAGAUAUGGCAAAAUCUCAUUUGGACUAUCUUCAAUGUUAACCUACGUUUUGAUGAGGGACACGAAAGAAGCUGGAGAAAUGCUAGAAACGUUUAAGAGUGGUGAUCCAAAUGAUGUACUACAGUUGAUGGGAACCCAGACUUUACAGGGUGAAACUGUUGUUCGUACUAGAAAAAGGAUAGUUGGCCUCAUUGAUAGUUUUAGUCAAUUUGGGUUAUUGUAAAUUAAAAAUCGCCUAAAAUAAUGCUAUAGAGAAUUAUAAUGAAUAGAUCUAGCUAAGUUAUAGUUAAUAAAUUGUCGACACACCUAAUUUAUGAAUUUUAUGGGCCAUUGGCCAAGACAGAUAUGUGACAAUCAUAGUACCUGAUGUUUGUUCUUAUGACCAAAUAAAUAG